UGACUGUGGGACGUUUUAAAGACAAAGUAUAGCGUUCCUUCUCACAGAAGCUGCAACCUGCCAGUGCGGAUUCAAACAGCAUUUGUCACACGUAUAUACAGCAUAUAUGUGGCCGUUUUUCCUUUGCGCCCACUCAUGUCCUCGUCUCGUCUCGGACAGCAGAAGUACAUCCAGAAGAUCUCACGUCAGGGGCCAGUGAUUUGGGGGGCACUCCGCAUGCUGGCCAUGCUGCCGCAACCGGCGACUACACGGGAUGUGUUUUCUACAAAGCAGAACUUCCACGACCAACUCCAACGGCCAGCCUGCUGCGGAAGUGGUGUGAAGUGUCUUUCAGCUGCUUGGAUUGGUGGUACGGUGAAAGGUGGAAGAUUGGGAUGCUCGCACCUUAAGAACUGUCUCCACUCCCUGACAUGAUCAUGGAAUCAUGUUCUGUGUUCACCACCCGUUUAUGUCUCUUUGGGGUUCCACAUCCUCCAAGUCGACGCGGGGGCGCUAUCCACAUCGCUGGUUCCAGCUUCGGUGCCUUUGGAAAAGCGAAAAGACAUUAAACCAUACCAGCUCCUGCAGGAUCCUGCAGGUGUCGGUGUCGGUGUACCUCGUGGCGGGGGUUGGAUCGGCCUUCGCUCGUUCGGUUUCCGUAGCUCAGAUCAUCUCAGAUCCGACCUUCCGGGUGAGGGAGCUGGGUGGCUCCCAGUUCGGUUUCCAGGUGACAUGGCAGAUGGUCCAUUGUUUGAAAGCUUUGGGGGCUGUACUUGACUAAGGGCACCUGUGUUCGAGGCACUUUGGUUUGUGCAACAUCAGUAUUUUCUGCGAAGACAAUGGAACCCUCUCGAUGCCUUGGCUUUCAUGACGGCGCGUUAUGAGUCCACUACGUGCGAACAUGUCCAAACGAGAUGAGGUGCCCUUCACGCUGCCAUUUGGAGGCUGACAACUCCACAAACUGAGUGAAGUGCCCAGAUCCUGCAACUUUUUUGGUUGCGGAAUCUGCAAUGCCUUGCGAGGAAGCCAUUGAAGCUGCCUUGAAGCAUUUUCAGACCGAGGACUCGGUGAGUAUGGCCAGCUUCGGAGGAGUCACGGUGCUCUAUCCCAAGCCAG